AUGGGAGUCAUUUCAGCGAAGCAGCCGGCGUCAUACCACCGACUGAAAUACUACGAUCUUCAGAAAGAUGUACUAGAACAGACUCCGUACGAUGGAUUCGUGAAUCCACUUGAGAAGUUCCGGUUUUAUGCGUGUAAUGUAACAUCGGACAAGUUUAACAGCACGACAAAAGACUUGUGGUUUGGGCAGCUGCGGAGCGUAUCGAACGAUACUGAGUGCCUGACAACGAAUUCGUGGGUGAAGGAAUAUCCCCAUGAUGGGCCGUACGGAGGUCCAUACUAUGAGAUGCACCCUAAGGGCAAGAACUCGACGGUGAAGCUUGAGAAGUGCUCGACAAAGGUGGAUGACAAGUUGCGAUUCCAGUGGUUCGCAAUGACGCGGAAAAAUAAGAAAGGAUGUAAUGCGGGUAUUGGACACAAGGGUCAUGUCGGAGAUGCUGUUGGAAAUUUGAUUUGCCCUGGGUUACAACACGAUGCGAAGGACAAGCAUGCGUGGUUCUGCUCUGUGUCAAACGUAUGGAACACGGACAGCGAGGGCUAUGCGAUUUUGAAGACGAUGGAAGAUAAGGAAGAAGGCGUUGAAGGAGACCUCAAAUGCCCGGACUGGCCUCGUUCUGCCUAA